AUGGUUGAUAUCAACCUUGGAACAAGCAAAGGAAUGCUUGUAUCCAAAGAUUCUGAUCUUCACACAUGUAUAGAGUUGCUAAAAACACAUUCACUCUUCAAGGGCUGUCGUUUCAUAGUUGAUAUUUCGGAAAGAGUUUUUCCAUCAACAAGCAAUGAACAUGUCAACACAGAAACUCAACAUGACAAUCAAGACAAAUGCCAACAGAUAAUGGAAAUAGAUAUGGUUGAAGCUCAACCAUUAAAUGAAGAGGUGCUUCAAACAUUUGAUUCUAUUCAAGUAGAAGGACAAAGCAUUAUAGAGAUUGACAACGAACAAGCUUUGGGUAUUCAAGUCUUAGAGAGUGCACCGGUAAUCGAAGAAGUUGCUGAAAAAACCUGUACUCAAAUAACUAGACGAAGAUCAAAUUUGAAACAAAAAGAAUCCCCAACUACGAUAUUAAGAGAAAAUGCUUCGUUGGAUGAAAUAAAAGUUGGAUCAGUACUUGACAAGAAGAAGAGUAUAAUUAACUGUUUUUCCAAUAUAGCAAUCAAAGGACAUUUUGAAUUCAAGGUUGUUAGAUCAAGCUCAACAAGAUAUUCGUUGACAUGCAAUAAUGAUAGGUAUUGUUGGUUUGUGCGAGCUUUCAGAAUUAAAGAUUCAACACUGUUCAAGAUAGUAAAGAUUGAGAAAAAGCAUGACUGCUCUGUUAACACUAUGAAAGCAGAUCAAAGGCAUGCUACUUCAAAGUUGAUUAGUGGUUACAUUAUCGACAAUCUUCGGGACCCAAGAUUUGAAGUUACACCAGCUUUUGUCAUGGCAGAGAUGCAAAAAUUGCAUGGACUAGACAUUGGAUAUCACAAGGCGUGGCGUGCUAUUCAACAUGCUUCCGCUUUAAUAAGAGGAAGUCCCGAAGAGAAUUAUGAAUUAUUGUCUUCAUACUUGUAUAUGAUGACAAUUUCAAAGGAUGCAAAUAACCAAAUUUUCCCAUUAGCCUUUGGAAUAGCAGAAUCUGAAAAUAAUAAUUCCUAUGAGUGGUACUUUAGUCAGCUUCGCAAUGUAAUUGGGAGCCGUGAGAAUUUAAUUUUUUUAUCAGACAGGCAUCAAGCUAUUGCAAAUGGCAUUGCAAAGGUAUAUCCUGAAAGCCAUCAUGGGAUUUGCAUCUAUCAUUUGGAGCAGAACCUAAAGCGAAGGAAGGUGAAAAGUGAGGUCAUAAAACUAUUCCAAAGUGCUGCAAGAGUAUACAAGCGCAAAGAAUUUGACCUAUACAUGUCAGAUAUAGCAAAUGUAGAUAAGAAGACUUAUGACUACUUGAUGGAAGAACCACCGGAAAGAUGGGCACGUUCUUGUAGUCCACGACGAAGAUAUGACAUGCUCACAACAAACAUAGUUGAGUCGAUGAAUUCUGUCCUAUUAGAAGCAAGGGAGCUGCCUAUACUAAGAAUGAUGGAUUUCAUUCAAGUGAAGCUACAACGUUGGUUUUAUGAAAGAAGAAAUAAAGCAGAAGGAACAUUUUAUGAUGUUUCUUGUUGGGUAGAGCAGGAAUUGAAGAAAAGAAUAGAUUUAGCAUUUACUUUGAAUUUUCAAUUUGAUGAAUUACCAUGCAUACAUGCAAUUGCAGCUAUCGAGAAGAGAAACAUCAAGAAGUCAAACUUUUGUUCGCACUGGUACUUAAAGGAAUCUUGGCUAAAAACAUAUGAAAGACAAAUACAUCCUGUAGGACAUACUGAUUCUUGGAUUGUACCAGAGAGUGUUAAGUCACAAAUUGUUAAACCUCCAGAUUUCAAAGUGCCACCAGGUAGAAAGCAAAAGAAAAGGCAUAUUCCUGCUACCGAGCCAUCAAAAAUAACAUUCAAAUGUGGUCAUUGCAGAAGAAUUGGUCAUAAUAGAACAUCUUGUAUAUAUUCUCCUGCUCUCCAUCCAUUUUCAAGAAAGCAUAGAGAAGAUUAG